UUAAUCAAAUAGAAUCUGAAAAGAUAAUAUCUCCAUCAUUAUGUGAUGCAAAUAUUGUGACAAAAUGUUACAAUCAAAAUCAUGCCCUUGACAAUUCUGAUACUAUCUCCAUUGAAAUAUUCGAAUCCAACAAUCAAAUCAUAGAAGGUUUAAUACAAGAAAUGACCUGUAAUCAAUCACAAAGUAUUGUUCCCUCUGAAAUCAAUUUUAUAUUUUUAAAUAACA